UCUUCGACAAGCGAAGAGUCCACAAUGUAUUUCAAUUGGCGGCUUCUUCUGUGUCUCGGAGUGCUACUUGUCGUUCACGGAAAUUGCAAAGCCCAGGGUAUAUCACAGGAGAGCAAAGAUGUCGAAGAUGUCGGAAAUGAUGAAGCAGCAACGACGGUUGCCCCUCCGCCUGCAGGUGUGAAAGAGUUCAUUCAGGGACUGUUGGAGAAGAUACUGGACGGCAGUGAUUCGGAAGCGGCUUCGGAACAGAUCCUGGGCAGCGGGAUCUCAGCGUUGUGUGGUUUACGAAUUUUGAAGUUUGUGAAUGCCCUGCGAAACCUGGAGCCUUGGGUGGUGAGGAUGAUCGACGCGACAGGCAAGUACCCGACAGGUCUGUUCCAAGGAUCCAUCGCCGACCCGGGCGCCUUCGACGAAUGCAUCGAGACCGUAGUCGUCGACUCUCGAGGACGGGAGAAAGUUCGUGCCCAUUAUUGCAACCUAUUCCUGAAAGCGGGCAAUGCUUCUGAGAUUCCAGACUUUAUCCAGGACGCACUCCUGAUGACUCACCGAAGAAUUGUCCCAGCUUUUGAAAAACAAGCUGAUGAGCGAACGCAAGGCAUACUGCUUGGGAUUUGCGUUCCGACGGAGUGCAAGGAGGACGACAUCGAGAAAUUAAUCAGAACUUUAUCCAGAGGAGGAGUCAACCCGGAUGUACGAAACUGCGUUACAAAUCAGUACCCUGCACCAGACGCUACACGAAUAGGAAUAAUCGCCGCCCUGAGUGUGUUGGUGCUUGUAAUGCUCACAAGCACUACCGUUGACAUCGUGAUGGUUCGCAGACACGGGAAGACAGCGCACAGAGGUACCCUCCUCAGAUGUAUCACAGGAUUUUCGGUUGCAUCAAACACAAGAAUGCUUCUCGGGGUCGGAAACAAAGGGUCAGAAGCACAUACCUUGCGUUUCUUGCAUGGAAUACGGUUUCUGAGCAUGAUGUGGAUCGUAUUUGGUCAUGCCUAUUCAUCAGGAAGUAGCAUAGCAGGACGUCUUGCUAAUGUCUUCGUGUACAGCGAUCGAGCUCUCUACGUCAUCAUCUUCGGCGCCUAUCUCAGCGUUGACACAUUUCUUUUUCUUGGGGGUUUUCUCCUCACAUACAACACUUUGAAACACAGAAAAACGAACAAAUUGGUUUCCUGGAUUACCGGAGUGUGUCGAUUUUAUAUACGGAUUAACGCACCGGUUUUCUUCAUGAUAAUGUGCUUGUAUCUGCUGCCACUGAUCAUCACAGGCCCCAGAGCCCAGGAGCUGUACUCCCAAAUGUUUUCAGAUGUCCGAGAAAACUGGUGGACUCUUCUGCUGAACGUUCGUAACGUCGUGAACGAUGUCGACGUUACAGCUCUAGGACACCUAUGGUACCUUUCUGUGGCGUUUCAAGCCUUCCUGGUCAAGUGUCAACAACAUAUCUGGUUGUCUUCUAUGUAA